CGGCAAAAUUAUGACGUUUGUUUUUGUUGGUUAAGUCUAAAUUGCAGUUUUUCGCGAUAAAUCGGCAAAAUUUCGUGUGUGCAACGAUGAAAAUGGCUUGUAGUGUGCGUGUGGGUAACAGAAGCCUGCCGAAUCAAGCGCAAAGUAAAAGUAAACAUAUAAAAUCCACUUUGGCGCUAUGUAAACACCCCAAAAACGAGGAGUAUUAUAUCAUUUUAUUCUCCGGUUUAUCGAAGAAUGGCACUAAGUAUACCAUAAAAGGGAAUUUGAAGAAUGUUCUGACCAAGUUUUGUGCUGAAGGCAAAGCGACAAUUCAAUUUAAUGAACCUCCACAUGAUUUGUUCAUUCAGAGCGACACAAUCCAGUUGAAGUGCUUUUUGAACCUAUUUAAAAGAGCGAUAGAAAAUAAAAUCGGCCCCGAUGAACUCACAUGCUCCAGUCUUGAUGUGCAACCAAUAAACCGAAAUAAAUUAGCACCUAAAAAGAUGGCUAUAAAAAAGGGAUCCAAAUACCCACCAAAAAGCUUCCCAAGGACCCUGGAGGUGCUUUAUAUCAAUGAUAUUAACCUUUGCAGCUUGGAUCGUGGGGUAUUGCAGCUAAUAAAGCUGAAAGUUUUGGAUUUAAGUCAUAAUUUGAUUGAAUUUUUACCCUAUGAGUUGAAUAGGUUGUCGAUUAAGGAAUUAAACGUUUCUCACAAUCAAAUGGGCAAAGGGACGUUGAAACAGUGGAAUUGGGUUGAUGGGUGUUUGGCUAUGUCGCUAGUUACGCUAAAUUUAAGCCACAAUAACUUAAUUUUUGUUCCUGAUCAGUUGGUUAAGUUGCAGAAUUUGAACACAUUGCAUUUGUAUGAUAAUAACUUGACAACACUGCCGAGUGGUAUAGGAAAUUUAUGGAAAUUAAGGGUGUUUUCUGCGAGUAAUAAUAGGCUUGUGACUUUACCUGGGAGUAUUAAAAACUGGAGAUUGCAGAGUUUGGAUGUUGUUAAUAACAACUUUGAGCCUGUAGUGCAAAAUUUACCUUCUUCAAGAAUAUCAAAACCUCUACCAAUACAAACACUGAAAGAAUGUUCGGCGAGGGCUGUUUUGCAGCACAAAAUUCCCUAUCCAUUGGGUUCUAUACCGAAAACUCUAACCCUACUUUUAGAUCAUGCUAAAUACUGUGUUUGUGGGAAACCUUGCUUCACAACUUACAUAAAGCACCCCCACAUGUUACUAUUAAACAAUAUCGCUGAAACCAUCAACAGUUUGUCAGGAGUUAUGUCGUAUGUGCCCAUUGAUUGUUAUUUUUGCUCAUUGAAGUGCUUCAACCACAACUGUAUCUCAUAGAUUAAUAAUCCAUUCAAUGGAUUUUUUAUCAAACAAAAGUCUGAUUUCAUUUAUUGAUUAAUACUCAGUACCUAACUACUGUGAUAAUUUUCUUUGUAAAUUUGUCUGUAUUUUUUAUUUAGGUAUUUAUUACAAAGUGUCUGAAUGUGCGUUUAUUUGGGUGUUAAUAUAACGAUUUAUAUGUCAUUUAAAAUAUUCCUAUACAUUCUAGAAAAUGUCCAUCAAAAUUCUAACCUUAGUUUAUUAGAGAUUUAAUUUUCAGUCAGUAUUUUGAUGUAAAAAAUGUAUAUAAAUAAUUUUUAUGCUUACUGUGGUUUAAAUUUUAUUAAAAUGUUUAAAUUUUAAGCUAAACUUUAAAUAUAUGUAUUUUGAUAUUGCUUGUGCAUGUAUACAUAUUUGUGAGCAAUACAAGUAGGUCUAAGUUUGAAAAUAAAAGUUACCUAUUUCAAGA